UUUUGCUUUUCAGAAUUGAUGCGAUAGAAAACUCAUAAAAUUGCUGCUGAAACAGGAGAGAGGAUGCGGUCGGUAAGAACACAUUUAACAGCCUGUUGGACGCAGAAGUUGAGAGUCAUCAUCAUUCAGUCAAAAUAUCCGUUCUUUCUUGCUUUGGAGGGUUUAAAUAGGUACAAGAAGCGAUAAGGACUAUUAUUGAAUGGGGACUGACAUGCACACUUGGAAGUCAGAGGUCCAGAUGCAGAAAUCUGCAGCGCAUAUUGGGAUGGUCAGUCAUCAGACAGAUUUCACCGAGCUCACUUUCUCCAUGUUCAGCAGUAAAACAGACAUCUGCCCGAAACGCGUCCCUGCUGACGGCUGUGGCUCGAAUCCCGCCUCGAUACAGAUGCGCUGCGGGUCUGGAGAUCUCAAACUCCACGCGCAUCACACCUCCAAACUUCACUGUUUCACCAUGUCACCCGGAGAGGUGAAUGGGGGAUGUAUCUCAUUCUGUUCAGAGAAGGAAAGCACUCCUGAGCUGACAGCAGAAGGAAACUUGCUGCGCUGUAGACAGAACCUGCCAGUUCAGCCUGGAGCCCAGUACCACCACAGCAGCCACUGUGAACCACCCACACAGAACCUUCACCUGCAGGAAAGCCCCCAUCGAGACACCAGGUCUGCUGGCUUUCAGACGGCUCUCAGCUCGUCAUCUCUGUCUGGUGGCGUCAAUGGUUGUCAUGGGUUGCCGUCGUACCCCAUCAAACAGGAAGGCUACAAACUGGGAUCAGCCCUGGGUGACUUUUCAGGAGGGAUGGGAGCAGGUCGCAGGGAAUUGGACCGUCCGAGCAUUGGCGGCGGUGGUGGAGGCGGCGAAGGUAACUUAGCAACAGUUCUCUCGUUGUCAGCAAUGGCGGUGACUGUGUAUCCAUUUAAUAAUGAAGAUGGCUCCUCCCUGCUGGCUUUGUCCCCGAGCUCGCGUCACUCAGCAAGGCCGAACGCAAGCGGACUGAAGAGACGCUGCCUCUCAGUGGCCUCCCAGUCAGCCUCGGAGGGAAUCGAUAUUGCCGCAAAUAUCUGCUCCUCCCAGAUGUCCUGCGUUAACGGCCUGCGCACCAAUUCGUCAUCGCCUACCGCCGCCACGUUCUCCCAGAAGCCUCUCCCCAGCCCUCAGCUGCCAUCACCUUCCACUUCGUCCUGCCUCCUACCCCUCUCCUCUUCAUCCUCGUCCUCCUCGGUGUCAUCUGUGGAGCAUUGUGAGGACGUGGGCUCCAUGCAGCCGGGACCCGGCAUGGGUAGCAGCGACGGACUUGGACUUCUCAUACAGCCCGGCGCUGUGCUGGACGGCUGUACGGCGACGCUGAAACAGGAACCGAUGGAUGAGUUCUCUCCAAGUGAGGAGGAGCUCUUUCAGCACCAUUAUCACUAUCUGACGAGCCACGGAAGCCACUGCGGUGGGCAUUCCCACCAUCACCACCACCAUCAAACAGGCCCCCCACGGCCGCCCAUGCCCCCUCCCUACCACCUGCACCAGUACAUGGGCUCCGGCCCAGGUGCUCUACUGCAUCUUCAGAGCCAGCAGCAGUCUCCACCCUCAGGCCUUCUGGCACAACCCAAACCCACAGGCCUGGUCGAACAGCAGGUGGGCGACAGGGAGGACGUAUUUAGCGAUAAGCAGGUAUGCCGAUGGAUUGACUGCAGCGCGGCGUAUGAGCAGCAGGAGGAGCUGGUUAGGCAUAUCGAGAAGGUCCACAUCGACCAGCGCAAGGGUGAGGACUUCACCUGCUUUUGGGCCGGAUGUGUCCGGCGCUACAAACCCUUCAACGCCCGCUACAAGUUGCUCAUCCACAUGAGAGUUCACUCUGGAGAGAAACCUAACAAAUGCAUGUUUGAAGGGUGUAACAAAGCUUUCUCACGGCUGGAGAAUCUGAAGAUUCACCUGCGGAGUCACACAGGAGAGAAGCCGUACCUGUGCCAGCAUCCGGGCUGUCAGAAAGCAUUCAGCAACUCCAGCGACAGGGCAAAGCACCAGCGCACACAUCUGGACACUAAACCAUAUGCGUGUCAGAUCCCAGGCUGCACUAAACGCUAUACAGACCCCAGUUCCCUCCGCAAGCAUGUGAAGAUCCACUCCGCCAAAGAGCAGCAGGUGCGUAGGAAGCUAAGGGCCUGCCCCCAUUUAGAAUCAGAAGCUCUGAGCGAAUGUUUGUCAAUCCAGCAUCUUCAUGGCCCCGCCCCUUCCCAGCAUCCACACUGUCCUGCCACCGCAUUCAGGCUUCAAAAAGGACGUGAAAGCACCAUUAAAGUAUCAUAAAUGUGAUCCAUGUGACUAUAUUCUGGCCUGUACGCCGGCUCCAGCACGACACACAAUGGAGCCCCACUUGAGUUGCUCUCUUCUGGACCUGACCUGCCCCCCAGGCAGCCCCGCCUGGACCGCGACAUUGGCAGCCCCCACCAUCUCUCCCCGCUGUCUGGCCUCGAGAACACCCGAGAAGGGUUAUCCGGAGCUUUGCUGUCUCCAGGGAUCAGUCUCCUGAAGGCCGCCACGUCUCCUCCACCAACACUAGAGAAGCAACAGAACUCCUCCUCCAGCCAGCAACACCUCCACACUCACCAGAAACCCUACACCGCCUUUCACAACCUGCCUUCAAGUGAGGAUUACCGUGGCAAUUUCCAGAGCUGUUUCCAUUUUGGCGACGGCUACAGAAUGGACCAGUCCAUCAGUGGCGGCCAUCAACCUGCAGAGUCCCACAGCUUCAACACAAACCAACACAACGGCUUCCACAUGAGCUGUUCCACCAGCACCUCUUCCACAGGUUUCAGCUUGGUGCCGGACAUCAUAGGAUCGGGUUGCCAGUUCUCACCGGGCACAGAGGAGAGUGUUUUCUUUCAGGUGGGCGGCUUCGAUCGCGGCUUGAGCCAAAUGUCGUCAGUGUACACAGAAACAUAGGACCAGCUUAGCUUACCUUGUCGGCUAUCAACACAAUUGUCUUCUUUUAGACCAAAACUCUCUUUUCUUUUAUCUAUGCAGUUUCAACCUAUCAAGAGUUUAGAUUUUUUUUUUCUCAAAAUUCGUCUUUUGUUCCCUGAAAUGCAUAGUUGGAUCACCUCAAUUGGACUGACAUAUCUGCUUCCUUGACUAUGCGAAAAGCUGCUAUUCCACAGCAACGAAGGUUAAAUGAUGAGGGGUUUGUGUUGUGGCAUGUUUAUUUGUGGAUGUUAUGAAAUUGUGCUUUUUUUCCACAGUGUUUUGAAAGAUAUGUUCAAAAUCUCAUGAGAUACUCCCUUGUCGUCAUCAAGGCAUCACUAGUCUUAAUAAAUCCAGCUGGUCAGCUCAGAUCCUAUUGUGACUUUUUGGAACGGUUUGAUAGAAACUUCAGAACCACCACAGCUCAUCAGUGAUGAGUUCCACAUUUCCCUCUCAGAGCUCUUUUUCGGAUUUGUUGGCUGUUGUGUUGGAAACAAUUAUUUAGUGUUGCUGUGUUUUGUCAGUGAAUGUUUGCAAAUGUUUGUAUUGCUUUGUCAUUUGGUUGUCAUCAUCCCAGAUAAACAGAGUUCUUUAUUUUGUAAUGGUUGAUGGCUUUAAUAUCUACCACACUUCAACGUAUGUAUAAAAUGUACAGUUUAAUAUUAAUAAUUGUCAAUCUCUGAAAAUAAAUGACUCUUGAAUAUUGUGGUCUAAUGCUCAUCAUUGUAUAUUUUAGAGCUGUGGUAAUUAUGUUGACUGUUUAACUAAAUAAAUAUGGUGUUACUCUG